AUGGUCCGCCACGGGAGAUUAUCAAGAGGCUGCCAGGUCUGUAGGACGAGAAAGAUCAAGUGCGACCGGGCGCGACCGCAUUGCAAUCAAUGCCUAAAAUCUGGAUGGAAAUGUCCACAGUAUGGUGAUACUAUAGAGAGGAUGUUUCUUCAUCAUAACCCAGAGAAUCCAGACUCAGAUUAUGUUCCCAAUGCGACAAUUGCCUUGCCGGUUAUAUGUAAUACGGCAAGAGUACAAAAUCCUGCAUUAUCAACUGCCAACAUAUUAGGCGGGACCAUAGUCCAGUCCACAGAGUCUCGUGCGAUCGAGUUCUUCAUGUCGGCUCAUACCUUCCAUAACACCGGCCUCAUUCGGGGCCAUUUCGAGUAUCUAUCCACAUUUAACGAUGAUGUCAUGAAUGAGCAACGGAUUGUCGCGAGUCUCCGUGCUGUUGCGCUAGCAGCUUAUGCUACCAAGUUUCAACAUGUUGCUCUUCUCAAGAAAGCCAGACAGUAUUACGUUGCAGCGCUUCGACAUAUCAAUGCAGCCUUAUUGUCCUGCCAUGAAGCAGCAAAGAAUGCUACCAUUAUCUCGAUUUUGUUCCUAAACACCUUUGAGGCUCUGACUUGUGAGAGUGAGGACUUCCCCUGUCAAAGAGAGACCCACUUAAAAGGUGUGGCGUCGAUAUUGGACAUUCGGGGGGUGGGACUUGUGCAAUCUCGUCCCGGGCUUCAGUUGUUUCGUCAAACCCUCCUCUGCAUUUCAGUGACAUGCUUAAUGCGCUCUUUUCGAAUACCCAUGGGAUUGGUAAAGCUUCACCGCCACACUGCUGCUUACAUGGAUACUAGUGAUCCUGCGUGGAAAUUGUCAGAUAUCAUGAUAGAACUGUCCUAUUUCCGCGCAAUGGUCAAGGAUUGUACGCUCUGCGAUCCGGAGAAAAUAAUUGCAUCUGCCAAAGAAAUAGACCACAACCUCUGCUCGCUCGCGGGGAACAUGCCCGAAGCCUGGCAAUUUCAGGUCAUCGAGUUAGUGACUACAUCUGAACUCGUCAUGGGAACGCAGUAUCAUGUGUAUCCUGAUGCAUGGGUCGCAGGUGUGUGGAACAACAUCCGUACAUGUCGGUUACUUUUGCAUGGUGAGAUCAAGCAGCAAUUGGAGAGUGUGCUGGACACUUCUCUAUACGAUGCUGUCCAGUAUCAGCACUCAGUCAUAAUAAUGCAACAGGUCGUUUCAGACAUUUGUGCUUCCGUGCCUCAAUACUGUGGUUACCUACCAGUAAAGUCUGGUAGUGUAUCAUACACGCAAACAGUCAGCAAUGGGAUCCCCGCUAUCGCCGGUAUCUACCUCCUAUUCUGGCCUCUGCUAUAUGCCGGGCAGAUGGCUAGUUCGGAAUAUCAGCGAGAUUGGGUCAUCAAUCGCAUGCGCUAUAUCGGCGAAACAACCGGUAUUCAGCAAGCCUUUGUGUUUGAGGCUAUACUAAAGCGGGGUGUGGACCCUGUUCAAUAG